GGGACCUCUUAUUUUAGAUCAUCUAUACCAUUUUCAUUUUUCCUCAUUUUUCAUUUGGGGUCCAACUAGAGUCCAUCCAUACAACCGCGCCGGCGCUAUCCUCCGUUCUUUCCCAGUCCCUCUCUUGGUUUCUCUCUCACAGCCUCUCACUCUUCGCCGCCCAACCGUUGCAAACCCCAGACUUCCGCCCAACUCCGUCGCUGUCGCUGUCGCUGUCUGCAGGCCACGACCACGGCACGCCGUCUUCGUACAACCGCCGCCGGUGUUUCAAUUCCCUUCCCUCUGGUUUUUUAUUCUCUUUCUCUAACUCCGUCUUAACUUUCCAGCCCUAUCCGCCACAGCCCAGCAUCGCCGUCGACAUCCUUCAAGCCGGUCGCUGCCGCAAUCACUUGUCGUCGAUCGCUGGCGCUGCUUGUUCUCGUAGUGGUAAUGUCUUCAGUUAGAGGUCUUAGAAAGUCGAGUCGUUACAACGAUUCUCAAACUGGCAUGACUUCGAGUGGCUUUAAUGGAAAUCACUAGCUAGAAGCUUUUAGAAAAGGAAACAGAUUUCUCUUCUUCACUACUCAAAAUUUGGAAGCAGUAGCCGCCAUAGCCAAAAGGAGAUGGAGGACAAGGAGAAGAAGGGGCUAGAAGGCACAGGUUUGUGUCUUCCAGUCAAUCACCAUGGUAACUUGAAGAGUGCUUCUAGCGAUCAAGAUUUCAAGAAUGUUCUUCGUCAAAUCAAGUCCUCCAAAACCACUGCAGUUAUCAAUUAUGGGGCAUCUUGGUGUCGUGUGUGCAGUCAGAUUCUUCCAGCAUUUUGUCGAUUGAGUAACCAUUUUCCAAAGUUGUCUUUCAUCUAUGCAGACAUUGAUGAAUGUCCAGAAACAACUCAACACAUUCGCUACACUCCGACAUUUCAUUUUUACCACGACGGUGAAAAAGUAGAUGAAAUGUUUGGUGCUGGGGAAGAACGACUGCACGACAGGUUGUGGUUGCACUCUUAAAGACAAUAUAGAUUGAGCACCAUAUUAUCAUCAUCCGUAAUUAUUAGAGGAUGGAAUACUCACUAUAUAGCUACACUGAUAAUGGCUUUGUUUUGGUAUUUGAUCUUCAGAGAUUGAGCUUGUUUACUCACCAAUCUCAUUCUCUUGAUAAACCAAAUUGUUUGAGCUAGUAUUUCAUUCUCUUUUUCCUUUUGAAGUCAUGUAGAACAGUUACGGUUAGUUGUCGAUGUAGUAACGAUAAGUUCGCGUUGAUUUUGAUUAAGUUGCUAGAAAGAA